AGAAGAUAGUGAUGACCACCAUGAAAUUUGCUUUCUAUUUCCUAACUCUUUGUGCCAUUCUUGAAGCUUAUUAUGCUAGACCUUUACAUGAUGUAUCUAUACAACCAUCCUUGAAAGUAGCCAAGGUAAUUCAGAUGGUGGUAACCCAAGAAGAAGUAGCCUUAUCAUCAUCAUCAUCUCGUUUGUCACAUGACCAUACUAAUUUUGGCCGAGUCGCAAAAUCACCACCACCACCAAAAGUAGCACCAUCUAAAGGUCAGGAUACUUAUGGGCGAGUCGCAAAAGCACCACCGCCACCAAAAGUAGCACCCUCAAAAGGCCAGGAUACUUAUGGCCGAGUCGCAAAAGCCCCACCACCCCCUAAAGAAGCACCCUCUAAAGGCCAGGAUACUUAUGGUCGAGUCGUCAAAGCACCACCACCACCAAAAGUAGCACCAUCUAAAGGCCAAGAUACUUUAGGUCGAGUUGCAAAAGCACCACCACCACCACCGACAGUAGCACCUUCUAGAGGCCAGGAUACUUACGGUCGAGAUAACCCAAAAGCACCACCACCACCAAAAGUAGCACCCUCUAAAGGCCAAGAUACUUAUGGCCGAGAUAACCCAAAAGCACCACCACCGCCAAAAGUAGCACCUUCCAAAGGCCAGGAUACCUAUGGUCGAGUCGCAAAAGCACCACCACCACCAAAAGUAGCACCCUCUAAAGGCCAAGAUACUUACGGCCGAGAUAACCCAAAAGCACCACCACCACCAAAAGUAGCACCCUCUAAAGGCCAAGAUACUUACGGCCGAGAUAACCCAAAAGCACCACCACCACCAAAAGUAGCACCCUCUAAAGGCCAAGAUACUUACGGCCGAGAUAACCCAAAAGCACCACCACCGCCAAAAGUAGCACCCUCUAAAGGCCAAGAUACUUACGGCCGAGAUAACCCAAAAACACCACCACCACCAAAAGUAGCACCCUCUAAAGGCCAAGAUACUUAUGGCCGAGAUAACCCAAAAGCACCACCGUUAAUGGCACAGCCACUAGUUCAUAAUAUUUACAAUGGACACGGCUUGAAGGAAUCAGAUGAUGCGCCCUCUCAAGGCCAGGCAACUUACGAUCAAGAUACCCCAAAAGCAACAACAUCAUCAUCAGUUACACAAGCACAAAUCCACGUUGCUUAUAAUGAACACAACAUAAAGGGAUCAAAUGAUGAACCUUCUCAAGGCCAGAAUACUUAUGGCCGAGAUGACCCAAAAACACCACCAUCACCAUCAGUAGCACCAGCACGGGGUCAAACGACUUAUGGAAGAUAUAAGCCAAUAAGUCUGCCAGUAGAUUCGUCAUAUACUAAAGUGUUAUCAAAUGAAGAUGGUUGGUACUCCAUUGCAUCUUUGUGGCUGCCAUCUUAUGUCAUUAGAGUAUUUUGGGACUUAUGAAGAUGAAGACUACUAAAUUUUAGAGUAUUUAACACCACUACUAUCAAAUGUAGCACCCUCAAAUUACCUGGGUCUAAUAAGAUAGAUGUUAUACAUCUUUUUUAAUCCUACUCAUGUAAAAUUAGAAGUAAUGCUGUUUAUUCGAUGUUAAGUUACGUUGAUAGCCUA